AUGCUGAUAAUCCUUUUAGUCCUAAUUGGCCGUCUAGAGACGAAAAAUACCAACGUUACCCUUAUCCUUUCAGGGCAGCUCGAGUUUUCAAAAAAAGUGCGGUAUUUUCAGGUCAUAACCCUGAAGAAGAACAACGGUCCCCGUAAUCCGUGGGGAGCCGAUAUCGAGGGAAUUCAGUUUACUAGCAGUUCCAUUGGAAAGACGCUGAACGUCAAAAUUUUUGUUGACGGCCGUGUUAUAGACGUUUUAUUACCUUUCAACUUGCAGCUUACCACUGGCCUUGCGAACGAUGUAUUUUAUUUCGUUGUGAAGAGGAAAAGCACGGGAACACCACUUUUCGACACUUCAAUCGGAGGCUUAAUAUUCUCCGAUAAAUUCCUACAGCUUGCAACGUACCUACCAUCAGAUGCGAUGUAUGGCUGGGGAGAGAACGUUCAUCCAACUUUAAAGCAUAAUUUUUCCACUUAUCGGACGUGGGGAAUGUUAGCAAGAGAUGAACCGCCCAAUUCAGCGUUCUUGGAUACGAAAAACCUCUAUGGAGUCCACCCUUUUUACAUGAUCCUGGAACCAGAUGGUAAUGCUCAUGGAGUUUUUAUUCUUAACAGUAAUCCUCAGGAAGUAACAACAGCACCUGGCCCGGCGUUCAUCUACAGAACCAUCGGGGGGAACCUCGAUCUCUACUUUUUCCCAGGUCCAACGCCCGAGGAAGUUACGCAGCAGUAUCUAGCACUAAUAGGGACGCCUUUUCUACCAGCAUAUUGGGCUUUGGGAUAUCAGCUAUCACGUUAUGGUUACAAGGAUCUGGACGACAUGGUGAAUAUUAUUGAAAGAAACGUAAAAGCCGGAGUUCCCAUGGAUACAGCAGUCGCCGAUAUCGACUAUAUGGACCGAUACAAGGAUUUCACCAUAGGAAAGAAAUGGGCUGGUCUGUCCACAUACGUAAGCGAGCUGCACAGCAGGGGAAUGCGCACGAUUUUGAUUUUCGAUCCGGCAAUUCAGGUCGACUACGAGUCAUUCCAAAGAGCAAUGGACCAGAACGCUCGUUUCAUUGAAUGGGAACGUGAGGAUCAAGUGAUGCACUCAGUUCAGAAAAAAUAUCCCCUUGUGGCCAACACGAAAAUCAUGCUUGGUGUGGUGUGGCCAGAUCGUCACGUUGCAUUCCCUGAUUUCUUUGACACAACAGGGAACACGACGAAGUGGUGGAUUCAGGAAUUUCUUCGGUUUCGGAAGCAGGUUCCCUAUGACGGCAUUUGGAUUGAUAUGAAUGAACCAGCCAACUUUGGCACAAACGUGCCCAAUCCAUGGUAUUUCCACAGCAAGGAUCAUCCAAAUAUAGAGCCGCUCAUGUGUCCAUCCAGUAGCAGCGCAAAGGACAACGAAUGGGAUAUGCCACCAUAUAAAACACACUCCGUCUAUAAUUACGGAGAGGGAGCAUAUCUGGCUACGAAAACCUUAUGUAUGAUGGCUGUACAAGCGAACGGUACACAGCGGUUCUACAAUGUGAAGAAUCUCUACGGCUGGAGUGAAGCGAGGGCAACACAGCAAGCACUUCAUAAGGCUAUUGGCAAGAGAGGGACAGUUAUUUCUCGAUCAACUUUUGCUUCCUCUGGUCACUAUGGUGGACACUGGCUAGGCGAUAACAGCGCUACGUGGUUUGACCUUCAGACUUCGAUCAUUGGAGUACAGGAAUUCAACAUGUUUGGAAUUCCGUACGUCGGUUCUGAUAUAUGUGGAUUCAAUGGUGUGUCAAAUGAAGAGCUCUGUUUACGUUGGCAACAAAUGGGCGCAUUCCACUCGUUCAUGAGAAAUCAUAAUGCCAUUGGCGAUUCACCACAAGAUCCUGCUCAGUGGCCAAGUGUGGCGGCUGCUGCAAGGAAAGCUAAUCUAUUCCGAUACAGAUAUCUCCCUUAUCUUUUCAGUCUGCACUUUGCUGCCUCAAUGAUGGGAGGAACCGUGGUUCGUCCAUUAUUCUAUGAAUAUCCCAGAGAUAAGGCGACUUACGACUUGGGACAUCAGUUCCUGUGGGGAAGUUCAAUGCUCAUUGCGCCUGUUAUUUACCAAAAUGCAAAGUCCGUGGAUGUGUACCUCCCUGAAGACGACUGGUACUCUUUGUUCGACCACAACUAUGGACAAUCGGUACCGCAUGGACGUCAAACAUUCCCUGCUCCGUGGACGUCACUGAUCCCAGUUUUCGUAAGAGGUGGUUCUAUUCUACCGCGUCAAACACCCAACGUGACCACAGACUACACACGACAAAACGCUUUCGAAUUGUUGAUCGCUCCAGAUUCGGCUGAGGGUCUACUUUUCUGGGAUGACGGCGAAAGCAUUGUCAGUUCAUUUAAAACACACGAUUUCUAUCAGUGGUCGUUCAAGUACUAUGUGGACCAUCAAGGCGCAUUUUUAUCAAUAAAAACCGAACGAAAAGCUUCAUUCUCCGCACCAACAAUCGAUACGCUGGAAAUCCUAAACUACAAGUAUUUUCCCGACCUUAGGAGUUUCAAGCUGAAUAACGAAGCGGUUUGUGAUAUGAUAUAA